UUUACCUCGAAUUUGGUAUAGCAAUAUUAGCAUAAGCUGGUCCCAUUGUAAAACUAUUUAUUUUUAUACGUGGUUCGUGGGCCCGAUUGGUUUUUAUUUUGAAUGUAGUUUAAGCUUUUCCGGCUCUAAAAUGCAUGCAAAAUUAAGCGAGAUGGAACUGCGAAUCGUAGCCCGGCUGAACGAGGAGAUCGGAAAGGACGGUAACCGAUUAAAUCGCGCCAGUCGCAUAGCCACUUAUUACAAGGAGCGUCUUCAGGCCAUUUCCCAGACGCUCGACUAUGAAGAUGUUCAGAACGUUUCUUGCUACAAAUCUGCCUUCCAAUGCCAACAACAAGUAUGCGAGAGUAUUGACUUUGAGCUGGAGAAACUGGCCCAGUUUGGGGCUAAACUAAAACGAAAACUGCAGGAGUGUCAGCCCGCCAUGGAAAAAGUAGCUGCCGAUUUGGACCAAGUUCGUCAUAUGCAGAGAUUAACGCAGUAUCUUCGUUUGGUCCAAGACAUCCAGGAAAUCAGUGUUGCGCUGGGAAACACAAUAAAUGGCAAGGACGAGGCAAAGUUAGUCAAUAUUUACCUUACGCUUUUUGAGGGUAACGACUGCGAACACAGUGUGGUGGGACGCCUGCAUUCCCUACAGGCGAAAUCCCUUAAAUCCUUUGCCGAACGCACUGCCAUAUACUGGCAUAAGCUCCUGAUGACGCGACUUUCUAGCGAAUUUGAAAUAGUGCUAAAAAAUAUGCGCUGGGCGCAUUUAAAUCAGCAACCCCUUAACUACUCCCCCACCCGAGACACUGCCAAGGCCCAGCUACUGGCAGAAUAUAUGUUCCUCAUCAAGUCUCCAGCAGAAGAACAAGCACCAUUGCAGAGCAUCACGCCCAGUAUCGUUUGUCCACCCAUCAGUCAGGUAGUGCAGCUUUUGCUAGCACCUUAUCGCCAGCGUUUUUUGUUUCACUUUACCGGAACCCGGCAAACAAAUCGAUUAGACAAACCCGAGUGGUUCUAUACGCAGAUUCUCAACUGGGGAAAGGAGACGCACUUUUUCGUAGGCAAGACAUUCCAGCCGGCUGCAAUAAAGGCUGGAAAAUUGGACUACAAUAUAAGGCUCGAAUUUAUGCGGGGCCUGGUUCAGUUAACCAUUGAAAAGAUGGUAGUGGAUAUUGAACAGAUCGCUCAAGACGAGAUACUCUUCGCACAUCUUCUAGACGAGACUUUAUCGUUCGAGGCCGAGCUUCGCGAGACGUUCGGUUAUCCCGCAAGUUUUCCCAGCGCCAUUUCCGUAAUCACACAGCCCAUUUAUUUGCUUCGCUGGAUUUCGCUUGAAGAACGCUUUUGUGCGGAAAAAUUGGAUGAUAUUCUUCAGGCAGAGUCACCCUUCCAGUUAAUAGAUCCCAAUACAUUUGAAGACGAUCUUAAGAUUCCCAGAUGUGCGGACCAAUUUAUGCGACUCUUGGACGCUAUAAAAGAUCGAUAUUAUGGACUCAUACAGCCGGGCCACCAGCUUCAAUUCCUGCAACUGCAACUGGAGCUGAUCGAUAGCUUUCGACGAAGAUUAGUGCAGCUACACAGCAGUGGAGCAGUGCCAAGCAUUCCUGUGCUGAAUGCCAUUAAUUACUUGGUAAUGGUGCUACGUGAAUGGGGCGAAAACGUUCACUAUCUUCAUCUCCAUUCGGCACUGGCGGGUCCCAAUGCCCCGGAGAUAAAUUCUGUGUUUGAGCACUCUGUCGCAGAAUUGGAACAUUGGACACACCAAUUAAUGCGAAAUCUGGCCACAAAAGCCACCAACGAAAUGAAAGCAAAAUCGAUGAGCUAUCGCCAUGAUGCUUGGCCCACGAUGCCAGAGCAAAAUAGCAAAGAGCCUUUUAUUCUUUCUCCUAGUGGCGGGGAAAUGUUUCAAGUGGUGGUCACCCUGCUUCAUAACCUAGAGCGUGAACUCUCUUCCAAUCUUUUUAACCAAACCCUCCGUUUAAUAGCCCAUCAAAUCGAUGACUUCAUUCUUGAGAGCAUGGUCAUGAACACCAAGUUUGCACCAGCGGGGGCGGCGCAAUUUAAUUACGACAUGACGCGCAACUUAUUUGCGCUCUUUGGUCAGUAUACUCGUCGACCGGAGCUGCUUUUUAAGAGAAUUCACGACGCCAGCAAACUGUUGACGGCGGCGCGAGGAACGGCUUUGUUGUUACUAGAGACGCUCCGAAGUAAUCAGUCGGCGGAGGAGAAAACGAAACCAUUGCGGGAGCUGAAGGUGCUUAGCAUGGACAGCAAGCAGUGCAUCGAAAUUCUUGAGCGGCGCAUGGACAUUAAAAUGUUUUAAAAAAAAACUUUUGCAAAAUUACAGUUACACAUAAAAUUUUUGUUUUUAUUGGGAUAUAGGAAUUUUCAUCGCCAGCUCUUUGCUUAAUUAAACAAAUGAUAAAACAUAAAUACACAGGCUGUUCGUCUAACA